AUGGUGGAAUUUUACAGUGAUAUCAAAGGAACCUUUAUCUCGAUCUCGACAAGUCGUCAUCUCGGUGGAAACAACAGCCGAGGACCUCACUGGUUGUUCCAGAGUACCGCACAAUACCAGCAACUAGUCGUCUUCAAUUGUGGAGGAAGAUGGGGAUUUAGCCGCAUCGUCAUCAUCGUCGGUAUUAACAUGUACUUCUACGAUAUAGACCACAAGAUAGUUAUAUGA